AUGAAUAGCAUUAUGGAGAAUAUUGAUGCCAAAGAACUUUCAGCAUUUCAAAGAAAGAUUGAAGAAGCAUUGAAGAACAACAGCUUGACCACAGCUGCAGGCAAGAUUCAAGAUUAUUUGAAGAAGUUUAAUAAUGUGGAGCUGAAUGUUGCUGUCACAGGAGAGACAGGUUCCGGUAAAUCUACCUUUGUCAAUGCGUUCAGAGGCAUGAAGUAUAAUGAUGACGGCGCUGCUCCAACUGGUGUGGUGGAAACCACCAUGGAGGCAAAGGCUUACCCCCACCCAAAAUACCCCAAAAUGACAGUUUGGGAUCUCCCUGGCAUCGGCACUGCUAACUUCAAACCAAAAGAGUACCUUCAGAAAGUUGAAUUCGAUCGCUUUGAUUUCUUCAUCAUAGUCUCAUCAGAGCGAUUCAGAGCCAGUGACGUUACUCUGGCCAAGGAGAUCCAGAAGAUGAAGAAGAAGUUCUACUUUGUUCGCUCCAAGAUUGAUAACGACAUGAGGGCUGAGGGGAGAAAAGAGACGUUUGACCAGGAUAAGACACUGGAAACAAUCAGACAAUACUGCAUCAAAGGGCUUGAGGAUCAGGGUCUGGGCUCUCCUAAGGUCUUUCUCAUCUCCAGUUUUGACCUUGGUCACUAUGAUUUCCCUGACCUGGAGGAGACAAUGGAGAAAGAGCUUCCUGAACACAAGAGGCAUGUACUACUGUUGUCCAUCCCUAAUUUAACCCUGAAAAUCAACCAGAGGAAGAAGGAGGCUUUCAAAGCCAACAUAUGGAGACUAGCUUUAGUAUCUGGCACCGUGGCAGUACUACCUAUCCCAGGCCUUUCCUUUGCUGUAGAUUUAAGCAUAUUGGUAUAUGAGGUCCGGAGGUACUAUUACGCUUUCGGUCUUGAUGAUGAGUCCCUGCAGAGCCUUGCAAACAGAAUGAAUGUGUCGGUGGAGGAGCUGAAAGCAGUCCUCAAGUCACCUCUGAACCAAAUCAAAAUAAACAAAGAUGUGAUUGUCAAGUUGCUUCAAAGUGUAGCUCUAACAGCGAUGAUGAUGCCUGCGUACCUGUUCAGUAACAUUCCUGCUGUCGGCAGCAAUGCUGCAGCAGGGAUUUCCUUAAGUACAACCCACUACAUGUUGAGCAUGUGUCUGAACGAGCUGGCUGAUGAUGCAGACAAUGUUCUGAUGAAGGCACUGAUGGCCAAUGAGUGA